AUGGCGAACACUGCCACAAUCUCCUUCACUCUCACACCACCAAAACCAAAAACCCCAACCCUCUCUUCUUUCCCCUCAAAAUCCAAUCUCAAUCUCAAAUCCAAACCCAACCCAUUCUCCAUAACCUACACCACCCCAUCCCUUCUCAAAUCCUUACCGAACGACUCCGCCACCUCCAUCACCACCACCACAACCUCCCCUUCCUACCGCAAUCUCAAAGCCCGUCUCCGCUCCGGCGAAACCCUCUACGGCAUCUUCCUCCUCACCUUCUCCCCAACCCUCGCCGAAAUCGCCGGCCUUUCCGGCUACGACUUCGUCGUCAUCGACAUGGAACACGGCCAUGGAACCAUCUCCGAUACCCUCCCGUGUCUCCACGCGCUCGCAGCUUCACAAACCGCCGCAAUUAUCCGCGUCCCGGAAACCACAGCAACAUGGGCCAAAAAAGCUCUAGAUUUAGGCCCACAGGGAAUCAUGUUCCCGAUGGUCGAAUCCGCCAAAUCCGCAGCAAAAGCCGUAUCCUUUUGCCGUUUUCCACCCACCGGAGUUCGUGGGUCGGCUCAUCCAAUCGUUCGAGCUUCAAGCUACGGUAUCGACGAAGGUUACUUGAAUAACUACCUCGACGAGGUUCUGAUAAUGUGUCAAGUUGAAUCAGAAGAAGGAGUGAAGAACAUUGAUAAGAUAGUAGCCGUUGAUGGGGUUGAUUGUAUACAAAUGGGACCUUUGGAUCUGAGUGCGAGUAUGGGGUAUUUGUGGGAUCCAGGGAAUAAGAAAGUUAGGGAGGCAUUGACGGAAGCCGAGAGGAAGGUGUUGAAGAGGAAGAGUGAAAAAGAUGAUGUUUUUUUGUCUGGUUUUGCUUUGCCGUUUGAUGGGCCUAAGGAUCUCAGGUCACGUGGCUAUCACAUGGUAUCUGGUGCUUCUGAUGUUGGUUUGUUUAGGAAUGCAGCUGUGGAGGAUGUUGUGAGGUUUAAGGAGACUUUAAUUGAGGAUGAUGAGGAUAGUGAUAGGGAAGAGUUGGAUAAAGAUGCUGAUGAGAAGUACUGGAGUGAGUGA